AUGGCUCAGCAUAUUUCUCUCAAAAGGCCAGGGAUCCUGGGUAGAAGAAAAUGUUCCUGGAAACCAUGGAUGGUUGCUCUGACUACCACAGCUGUUUUGUUGGCUUUGGCAAUAAUCAUCGGUCUUCUUGUUUACUUUUUAGUGUAUGAUCAGAAGACUUAUUACUACCAGGCCUCCUUCCGGAUUCCCAGCAUUAAAUAUAGCUCAGAUUUGUCCGUAGAACAGUCAAGACUUCGGACAACCCUGAAAGAAAAACUCAGCAAUGAGAUAGAUGUGAUAUUUCAAAGAUCCAGUUUAAAGCAUCAUUAUGUCAAAUCUCAAGUUGUCAACUUCAGGCCCAGUAUUGAUGGUUUGAAAGCAGACAUGCUGAUUAAAUUUCAGUUUCCCCUUAACAAUGUGGACACUUUGAAAAGACAAGCUGAUAGCAUUUUGCACAAAAAGUUGCAAUCUCCCGAGAUCUUCUUGAAGAGAGACAUUUCAUUACCUUAUCUUAGAGAAAUGAAUGCAGCACAAGCAGAGAAUAUUCUAAACAGUGAUUGUGGCUUGGGGAUGGAGUAUCCACAGACAGCCAGAAUUGCUGAUGGCAAACCUGCAGACAAAGCUUCCUGGCCAUGGCAAAGCAGCCUGCAGGUGGAUGGCGUCCACCUCUGUGGUGCCUCUCUGAUUGGCUCCCAGUGGCUCCUGACCUCUGCUCACUGCUUUGAUACUUACAAAAACCCCAAACUGUGGACAGUCAGUUUUGGAACAACCCUAAGCCGUCCACUGACGACAAGAAAGAUGGCGUCCAUCAUCAUUCAUGAGAACUACGCAGCCCACAAGCAUGACGAUGAUAUUGCUGUGGUCAAGCUCUCCAGCCCAGUCCUGUUUUCUGAAAACCUGCGCAGAGUCUGUCUCCCUGAUGCUACCUUUCAAGUCUUGCCAAAGAGUAAAGUGUUUGUCACGGGAUGGGGAGCAUUGAAAGCAAACGGUCCCUUUCCCAAUUCUCUGCAAGAAGUUGAAAUAGAGAUCAUAAGUAAUGAUGUAUGUAACCAAGUUAAUGUAUAUGGUGGUGCUAUAUCAUCAGGAAUGAUAUGUGCUGGAUUCUUAACAGGAAAACUAGAUGCCUGUGAGGGUGAUUCUGGAGGGCCCCUGGUUAUGUCAAAUGAUAGAAAUAUCUGGUAUCUUCUUGGAAUUGUUAGUUGGGGAAUCGACUGUGGAAAAGAAAACAAGCCCGGAAUUUACACCAGAGUGACUCAUUAUCGGAACUGGAUUAAAUCUAAAACUAACAUCUAA